GGCAAUCUUCCAACGGUCGGCUUAUCUCCUCUUCUCCCCUCUGCCCAUUUCAAUGAAAUCAAACUGCACCUUAACCACCCCACAUCCCUUCUACCCGCCGCCCUCACUCUCCGAACAUGGAGACCGGAGUCACCAGCUACGCCGGCAGCGCUAUCCCCCACACCGUUCUCUCUCGCCAUCGUACCACCACUCCCUCCUGGUUUCCAUCGCAGCAGCGUUCCCACAGAAAAAGCAGCCUUAAAGCUGCCACCUUUUUCGGCGAAUCACUGAGAGUAGAAUCCAAGUUCAUUUCAAGAACGGAAAAAAGAAACUCUUUCUCAACGAAGUGUGAGAUUGGAGAUAGCUUGGAAGAGUUCUUGAACAAAGCAACGCCAGAUAAGAGCCUCAUAAGGCUGCUUGUUUCUAUGGGAGAAGCAUUGAGGACAAUCUCCUUCAAGGUGAGGACUGCUUCCUGUGGAGGAACGGCAUGUGUGAAUUCUUUUGGUGACGAGCAACUUGCAGUCGAUGUGCUUGCUGACAAGCUUCUCUUUGAGUCUUUGAGGUACUCCCAUGUUUGUAAGUAUGCUUGCUCUGAGGAACUUCCUGAUUUGCAAGACAUGGAUGGGCCAGCUGAAGGUGGUUUUAGCGUCGCUUUCGAUCCCCUCGACGGCUCCAGUAUUGUCGACACCAACUUUACAGUCGGCACGAUCUUCGGCAUCUGGCCUGGAGAUAAACUGACAGGUGUAACAGGAAGAGACCAGGUUGCUGCUGCCAUGGGGAUAUACGGACCUCGAACAACUUAUAUUAUUGCUGUGAAAGACAUUCCUGGUACUCAUGAGUUCCUUCUCCUUGAUGAAGGUAAAUGGCAGCAUGUUAAGGACACUACAUCGAUUGGUGAGGGAAAGAUUUUCUCUCCAGGAAAUCUGAGGGCUACUUUUGAUAAUCCAGACUAUGAUAAGUUGAUCAAGUACUAUCUAAGAGAGAAGUACACACUGCGCUACACUGGUGGAAUGGUUCCAGAUGUCAACCAGAUCAUAGUGAAGGAGAAGGGUAUCUUCACAAAUGUUUCAUCUGCGAGCGCCAAAGCUAAAUUAAGACUCUUGUUCGAAGUUGCCCCGUUGGGCUUUCUGAUAGAGAAAGCUGGAGGAUACAGCAGCGAUGGCUUUCGCUCUGUGCUGGACAGGGUGAUCACCACUCUUGAUGAGAGGACUCAGGUUGCGUAUGGAUCCAAGAAUGAGAUCAUUAGAUUUGAAGAAACUCUGUAUGGGUCUUCCAGGCUUAAAGCUGGGGAGCCUGUAGGCGCAGCAGCCUAAAAACCUGAGCUUUUAAUAACUUCCAUGGAUCUGCAUAUCAACACUACUUGAAGUCAUAUUUAUGUUGAUGUUUAUGUCUGUCCAUUUUUAAGUUUCACAGUGCAAUUUGUUCCGUUUAUAGGAAGACAGUUUCUAA